AUACCUGACUGGAGCACAGACAUAGCUUUCUACCGGUCAGCUGCUAGUAUUGUUAGUUUUACAUACACUAACAGGAAAAUGAAGAAGUCGUCCUUAGAAGAUUCUGUUUUCUUAGAUGACUCUCCUCUGAAUCCCCUAGACAGCCCUGGAUCAGUCUUCUUUAGCUCUGAAACAGAGAAUGGGCCAGAUGAGGCUAAGCUUCCUAGUCCUCAAGUCGUGAUUAGUGAUGUAGACUUAAUUGAAACCCGGCAAAAAUUACCCCUGUCAAGGUCAAAGGUAUAUGAUUCCUCAUUGCCCCUCGAGAAGUGUGACAUGAUGAAGCUUGAAAGGAAAAAAUCUACUUCUAGCCAGCUGUCAAAGGCAAAUGCACAAUUUCAUAAGCUGUUUAAGGAUGUACCAAAGGAUGAGACGUUAAGAGAAAGUUUUACCUGUGCGUUGCAAAAAGAAAUUUUGUAUCAAGGAAAGUUGUAUAUUUCAGACAACUGGAUUUGUUUCCAUUCAAAGGUUUUUGGGAAGGACACAAAGAUUGUCAUUCCAACUAUAGCUGUAACUGUGAUCAAGAAAACAAAAACCGCCCUGCUUGUGCCAAACGCAUUGGUUGUUGCUACAGUAACUGAUAGGUUCAUAUUUGUGUCUUUAUUGUCACGAGACUCUUCCUACAAGUUACUAAAAUGUGUGUGCAGCCAUUUAGAUAGUGCUAGCACUGGACACAGCCCAAAUCCUUCUUCAGAACACAGUUUCAGAGGAGAGCGCGCUGCAUCAUUUCCCCUUGACUUCAGUGUAGACUUUUCGGAAAUAGAUGGUUUGGUACAACCGCGGAGAAAGGAUAUAGAAGAAUAUAGUAGCACUGGCUCUCAAACCCCAGAGUCUGAAAACUCUCAAGAUUUUCAGGAAGAAGAAAAGAAUAUCAAUCCUAAGUCUCGUGCUUCUAGAAUUCUGGAUAAUCCAUUGAAGGUCUCUGAAAAAGUAAAAUUUACUGAAGAAAGUGUUGUUCACAGGCGUUUGUUUCGGGGAGUGAACUUUCAGCAAGUUGCGUCUUUGAAUGGUGUGCUUUUCUUCUAUGCAAUUCUUGUGUUCCUCUUGAUAGUCUCAACCUUCUAUAUGCAGUCAAGAAUUCUUUAUCUGGAGGAACGCCUCUCUUAUUUGGGCUCUGCAAGGGACACUGCUUUAAAAGAAUUGUCUGUAGAACAAGGUGUGUGGGGAUGGCAAAUGAAUGCUAAUGCAAUCUGUGAGGAAUUAACAGCAAAUCUAGCAAAACUAGAUCAGAUUCAACUAAAUCUGCAGCAACUCCUGGAAGAUGAAAAGUAGAACUUGAAAUGCCUUCUGGUUACUUAUGUGCAUCUUACAUCAGCCUCUGCUGGACAGAGUUUUAGGAAAUGCCUUGCUUAAAUGAACUUUAUAUGAAAGCCACGUCUUGUCUCAGGAAUGUUUACUUGUUGCCUUCCAGUUGCAAAACAAAUAGGUUCACUCCUUAUUCAAUUCCUCGCUUUGGAUUUGGAAAAGGAAGCCUUACUACAUUUCGCUGUGAAAUAGACUAUUUUGCACAUCUUUCAGGAAUAGAUUAAGAAUCACUCCUACUACUCAUCUUAUUUAUAAAAUGGUUGGCUGGACCCAAAAAACAGACUUCCGGUCUUCGUUCAUUAGUUCUGCCCCUUAACUUGUAACUAUUCUCCAUACUGUCAGGAUAAAUUAACUCCCUUUCUAGAAUACAUCAGUGGUGGCAUGCGAGCUGCUGAGUAGUAGUUUCCCUGCUGCCACUGGUUGGAAAACGCUUCAAAACAUUCAAAAACAGCAUUAUAGAAAAUGUGGCAUACCUUGUGAGAUGCCCUCUUUUUUUACACACUGUUUGAACAUAUGAUUCACUUCAAAUAGGUAAAGAAAAUGAGUGUUUACUCCAGAUACUUGGGUUGAGGUUUUUUUUUUUUUUUUUUUUUAUGAGCACUGUGAUACCAAAUUAUCAUUUACACUGUCUAAUGUAGCAUUCAGUUUUUAUAUCAAUCUUCACUAGGAUAGACCAUAUCCAUAGGAUAUUGUGUGUCUUGUCUUUUUCAGCACAGGAACCAUGAAGU